UUAAACAACUUCGAUAUGCCAAACAACGCAGACACAAGAGAAAUGCCGGGAUUUAUUUCUUUGGUAGUAUUAAGUCUACUGAGUCAGGGUACACUUGGAGAGUUUAUCCUGCCCAGUAUAAAUAUUGAUGAUGAAUCCUAUGAGACCUGUGGAUAUUGUGAUGAAAGAAGUGACAGGGCUGGCUCACGAACCACUGCAAACUCUUUGAGGGAAUUUAUGACUAGAAACUUCAUCAAAAUCGCCGUCGACAGUGGAGAUGUUGCAGUCUCUGAGAAUCUUCCAAAUGAAAAAAUAGAUACUGGACACAGCUGUAGAACUACAGCUCAAGCACAAAAUGUUAUUGCAAGAGCACGAAUGAUACCAGGAACAGUAGAUCUGGGUCCUACAGGGGUUCUAUAUAUUGAUGAAAUACAGAAUUCUAUUGCAAUUGCAGAAGUAGAACAUAUGCUUAGUGUGGACUUAGACGUCAGGUGAGGAAAUAACAUAAAUUCUGUUUAA